ACUUCACCUGGAGCACAAUGGAAAAUUGCAUGACUAAAGGCUGUAGAAGAGAUGAUUCUGGGCGCUGUCGAGAUGAACCUGCUGCCGGAUGUGAAGCAAGCCUGUUGCAGUCCCAUCAGGUGCAGCAGCAGUCUGGAAGUAAUCAAGGGCAAGGCGUGAAUCUGACGCACUACUUUUCGGAGGAGUAUCUGAAGCUGGAGCACAGAGCCCUGUGUUGCGCCCUGCAUCCAACCGAGAGUCACUGUCCAAUUUUGGAGCAAGAAGUCCUG